AUGCCUCCACUGACAGAAGCCUUAGCAGCAUCGAACUUUUGUAAAGGGGCCAUCGAUCAGUCCACUGAAUCUCUGCAGAGGAUGCGUAGAGUGAUGGAAGCUGUGGGGAACCCCUUGGAAACUCUAGCCGCGUCGGGCUCGAGAUUUGUUCAUGUCACGGGCACCAAUGGGAAGGGCACGGUGUGCUCGGGGCUAGCGGCGAGGCUGCAGUCGUACCGUGUUGGGGUGUUCACAAGUCCAUGCCAGAGAUGGCCCAAUGAUCAAAUAUCGAUAAGUGGCGACAUCAUGCCGGCUCUGGAAUAUGAACAGCAAUUGAAGUUUAUAAUGAGAGAGGCUCACCAGAAGGGGGAAGUCGGGUUGACGAACUUCGAGGCGACCACCAUAGCUGCAUUUUCUUGGUUCGCUAGGAUGAGGCCUCUGGAUUUCGUAAUCAUCGAAGUUGGCGUGGGAGGUCGAGAUGACGCCACUAACGUCCUUCCCAAAACCGAUGUAGCCGUCUUGACAGGAGUUGCUCUCGACCAUGUGAAGUUCUUGGGGCCCACACUGGAGGACAUAUGUUCGGCGAAGUGUGGUAUCAUAACUCCUCAUACAACGACAGCUGUAGCAUCUGGUGCUUAUCUAAAUGCGUCAUGCCUCAACAUCGUGAAGGAAAGAUGUGCUUCGACCGGCACGGCCCUGCGUGUGGUGACAGGCCGUGGUGACAGUGACGAUUACAAAGCUCACUAUGCAGCUCUCGAAGAUGAGGUCCUCAGUGCUCUCGGUGUCAGUCAUCAGCAGAAUCAUCCAAGCGAUACAGGGACAUACCUUCAUACCUUGAGAGGACGGCAAGAGCUCACCCAUCAUCCACUCAACCCGACUAUUCCUAUCAUACUCGAUGGUGCCCACAAUGAGGAAGGCCUCAGGUCUCUGACACACUUCAUACAGCGGAUGCUCGACCAACAAAGGGAUAUCACUGAGGUAGCGGCUCAUCCCACCAUACAGAGUCCCCAUGAGCUCUUCCCUCUGUUUUUAAAGCCUUUCUCGGUGCCCAUCGCCACCGUCUACCCCACCACAUUUAGAGACGUUCCUGAGAUGCCCUGGGUUGAAGCUGUUGACCCAGAGGAAGCCGUCACUGCGGCACGACAGUAG